CCUCUUUCUCUGUCUCUCUGUCAGUCUUUCUCUCUCUCUCCCCCUCUCUCUCUCGCUCUCUCUCUUCCCUUCUUGCCUUGCUCUCCUUCUCCACCCAGCAGUGUCUGAGGAUGCGUGGAUACUGAGAAGGAAGAUCGUAGCUGCAAUGAAACCGAGCCACAGAGGGAGAGAGGAGGUAAAGAUGCUGCACACAGUGGGAUGGAGUGUAUUGGAAGCCAGUGGAGGCAGCUGCUGUGUUUUCAUUCUGGACUGAACAUGGAGCAGGGACAGCAAAACAACAAGAGGAUGGAGACAAUGAAAACACAGCUUGGCAUUAUAACAUAUUCAUUAAUUAUGAAGCAGUUUAUAAAAUCAGGUCUCAUUAAGUACCACCUCUUCUGCAGAACUGCCUGAAAAUAUGAAGACAAAGUGACUCGAAAUGUUGAAAACUUGCUGCUGACAAUCGGGAUUCAAGGAUUAAACAAUAAGAUUAUCAGAAUUUUGAGUCAAUCCGGCAAGAGAUGGGGAGGCGAGUUGCUGACCUGACCACUCCAGUUCCAGUUUUAGGUGUCCCUGCCCUGGUUGGAGUGCGCAGUUGGAAGACAACAGGAGAGGACAGAAUCGGAGGAGCCGUAAUUCAGACUGGGGGGCUUCAGUGCAGCGUCAGUAUCCAGACAUCCCCUGGGAUAAGGAGAGCACCUGCAUAUCUCAGUGUAAAGCUAACAGAUACACUCUCUGCAUCGUCAGAUAUUUACAGCAUCACUCAAUCGUCUAGUAGUUACACUGCAUCAGAAACAGAGAACUAUGAAACACAAGUGUUAGUAAAGCGUGACAAGGACAUAAGGACUGUUUUAAAAAACAAAACUGGAGAAACUAGAAGAAAAAAAGAAGUGACGUUUAAAGCGCUUACAGAUGAGACCUCUUAUUCAUCCAUUGAGAAAAACAGCAAGACGUACUGCUAUGCCAGGGCAAUCAAAACAAACCCACACUGUACAGGGGAUGCAGCUGUCACCAGGACUAGAGCAAAGCCCGUUUGCCGUUACACAAAUGGCAGUGUUGUUGAUUCUGAUGCAAUCGGUGGCAUUAGCAUUGAUAACGAUGAAAACGAGCCCACUGAAGGAGCUGCUUCUCGUUUAAAGGAUCGGUUCAAACCGCAAGGUGAUUAUGCAGAACAACCCAGGGAGACACUGUCGUUAUCUGAUGUCCAACCUUUCAGUGUGCCGCGAAAAAUAUGCAGCCUCUGUGGUGGAAGACAAUCUAUAAAUACCAGAGCUGCCACAUUCAGGCAGAAGAAUUACAUCAAUGACGCCUGCCAAGGAGGCAAAGUGCCAAAAACAGUUUUCCCCUCACUGUCAAAGGCGACACAUUUCCAGAGGUUGCACACUGAGAAAUGCAAAGACGUUGAGGCCAUUACAAACACAACAAAAGUUACGGUCAAACCACCACUGCAAUGUCUUAAUAAAGUGGAUCACAGCAAACAACUGCACCCUUUAUGUGCUGUGCAUUCUAUCAGCGGACACCCUAAGGGCAGUUACGCUACACUCUCCGAUACAUCGGCCACUCUCCAUGCAAAAACAAUCACCGUUACAAAAGCAACUAUUGAAACAAGACAAGCUGAAUCAAGUUUGCAAUCUGUUGAAAAAGAGUCACAGGUGGCCACAGUUGCAACAACAAGCGACUUGCAUUCAAACACUUAUCCUGAGUGUCCAAAAAGUCCACAGAACAACACCCAAAAUGUAGAUGAAAAUGCAUCAGCCACUUCUCAAUCAAGUAUCUCAACCACAGGUCCUGGACUAACCAAUAACAAUGCAUGCAAUGCAAACACAGGACUUGCCUCAAGUACAACUGUACCUCCUAAACAUGCUUAUGCUCCACAGAAAACAAUACCCCAAACUAGCCCACACAGGACAUCGAAUUACUCCACCCUCACACAAAAAAAUCCAUUUUUAGACUCCACUCACAGCUCGCAAACAACUUCACACCAUCCCCUGAGUUCUGCACCUGAACCACCCCAUGAAUCACAAGAAAACGUAGAAUCAAAUAGUGAGAGCAAAUGCAAAUCCAAACAUUUCCCCACUAAAGUCACAGCAACACAAAUCGGCCGAUUUCACCCAAACUGCUCAGAGCCUGGAUGGCAGCUUCUACUUGACAAAGCUUCUCAAAACAAAACGCCAACUCCAAUUAAACACCAAGAAUGCACAGCAAAAGUGACAGCAAACACGACCACAAACUCCCCUCCGACAAGGAACAACACUGUAUGCAAAGUACUACCCCUUACCAACAGUUCAGCCAAUGUGAUACAUCCAAAAUCAACUGGAAGCUGCAUGUUUCUAUCAAGUACAGCUUCACCAGAUGCAACACUGCACAGCAAAGCACUUCAAAAUGAAGCACUACAUACAAGUAAGCCCGAACACACACAAAUCAAAAUGUACACCAGUAAGGGAUCCAGUUAUUGUGUUGUUCCUGAGCUGUCACCAACCGAGCUGCUGCAACAGAGCCGAGCCGCUGACAACACAGUCGCCGAUGUUUCCUACACAUUGUUCAACCACAACAAACAACAGCGUGUUAUCGGUUAUGCUAGCUCUCAAGCUACAGACAGUAAUUCAACCAAUUGUUCACAAUUAUGUACUGAUAAUCGCUGCAAUCUAAUCAAAGAAUUAACCAUGCUGCAGUCAAAAGAGCAUGAAAAUUCAAAUUUAUUACAGUUCGCUCAUCCUCAGAAUUACAUUUCUCUAAUUAAGUCAAACAGCUCUUGUCUGCAGGGUUGCAUAAAUACAAAACAACAAAGGCUGGCACAUUAUCAAGGACAUACAGAAACAGACCACGAGGGACACGGUGCGAUAUGCCCAACAGGAAAAACAGCCAAAGGGACAAAUUCAAAUGCAGAACUUUUCACCUCCAGGAUAUCAGAUAGCCAUGCAAAUGAUAAGCUUGAAUCCAGACCUGAUCAACAGAUACAUCAGAGUUGGUCAACAACGUCUGACAGAGCAGAAACCAAAUGUGAGCCCACGAAUGCUCCAUUGGCACCCGCAACGGGAAAUAUCAAACCCAUCACUGAGACUCUAGGCCAACAAAACUGGGACUCUUAUACAACAUGCACAGGUUCAGCGCUUUCCUUCAUUACACAACCUUCAUUUGUCAGUGCAGCAGAACUCAGCGCCCACACGACUACAAAGCAGUCAGUAACAUUGCAGUCGGAAUCCUGCUUCCAUUGUAAUAAGGUGCAAGCAAUCAUCCGGCCGGAUUUGAAGUUCAGGCCUGAUUCCCCUCAGCCGUCCCUGGAGGACACACGCCUGGCUCACUCCCACCUGCAGGAUGCUGCCCUGCUGCUGCCUCCUUCCCCACAGUGCUAUAAAUCAGCAGCUCUGCAGCAGAGGCUGGAGGCUGUGGAGGCCAACCUGGCAGCCAACAAGGACCGGAUCACUACGCUACUCAACAUUAUCCAUGACCUGGAGACAAGCCACACGCCCACCAGAGGUCGGCAAAGCUCCAAAACUGGACAGGACCUUAAAAACUGCUCAAAGUGCCAAAGGACUGCUUGUAUUGUCUACAGUGUGGAGUAUGAUUUCAGGCAACAAGAACGACGCUUCUUAGAGGUUCUGAAUCAUCCAGGAGCUGAAACUAGUGCCUUUGCCAAAAGCCACACCCUAAACUUCUGCCUGCUCCGAAAUGUCUUUGUUAAGAAUUUGACAAUGUCAAAAGCCAAAAGAAAAAAGCUCUGCAAGACUUUUUCCAGAUGGCUGCUGAAGAAAAGCCAGCAGAUGUAGACCUGCUGGCAACACCACUGGACUGGACUAUUACAGCCCCCUGAACCUGAGAUGGAACUGAAUUACCAUCUGAGUCUGCACAGCUCCACUUCCCUGCACAUUCUCAAGGCUUUUAUGGCAGAUUUUGGAAUUGAAUUUGCCUCUGAUCCUUGUGACCUUCACUGAAUACAACAUAAGAAAAACUUUUUUUCCUUUUUCAAAGUUACUGUUAUCGUUUGCUUGAGAGCUGUAAUACAUUUCUUUAUCUACAGUAGUUUAUACCCACGAUUAUCUGCUUCCAGUAUUAUGAUUUAUGCCCCACGGCUUCCACCUGGCACGGCUGCUUUGCUUGAAAUCGUUCUCCCUUACGUGCCCGACGUGGCUAAAAACAGUUUUUAAAUGGAAUCAUUUUGAAAAACAAAAAUAAAUGUGCAGUGUAUGAGGUG